CCAUAAAACAUCCCAAAUGGAACUCAAAUGACAAAAAAAAUAAAAAAAUCCUUUCAUUUCACACCCCUGUAAAUUGUAAACUGUGAUCUCCUCCUCCUCUUCAUCACCCAUCCAUGUAUACUAAGCUCCUCCACAACAACCCAACUUUAACAGCGCCACUUUCUUCAAUCCAUGCCUUCAGACCCAUAUCCUUCCCAAUAUUCACUCCAUACUUUACAACAAAGCCCCUUUAUCUCCAUCUUCAACACAAAAAAUCAAGAACCUUUAUCAGCUGUGCAGCAAAUAGUGAUAGUGUUAAGGGUUCAGUGAGCUGGGCUGAAUUGCUUGAAAAAUGGUCACCAAAAAACUUUAUUGGAGCUGAUAAACUAUUUAGAUCCAUAUCUGGUGCAACUUCAAGCCCCAUUGCUCAGUACAUACCUUCCCCCUUCACUUUCUUGCACUCUGUUGACCCCAGAAUCAAAUUGGCAUGGCUCUUUACUCUGGUUAUUUUACCGGCAAAAUCAAACAUAAUCAUGCGUUUGUCACUGGUUCUGUACUUAGCUAUACUAUCUAUUUUGGUCCAACCUGAACAAGUGUGGAAGGAUCAACUGGGGAGAGUCACACUGCUGUCCGGGAUCUUAUUUAUAAUGUUGGGCCUAAGUACAGACAGUACACCUUCCCUUAUUUCUUCAAGAGCUCCCCCACCUUCAGUAAUGGGAUUACCACCUUUUCCUGCGUCAUUGGAAGGUUAUAAAUAUGUAAUCUUGAAGUUGGGGCCAUUACAACUCACUAGAAAGGGCUUAUCGACCGCUACUACAUCAGCAUGUUUAACCUUCACUAUCUUCCAAAGUGCAAGUGUUUUCCUAUCAACAACAACACCUGAGCAAAUAGCUUUUGCGUUGCGGUGGUUUAUAGCCCCUUUGGCCAACUUUGGUGUCCCUGUUGCUGAAGUUAUCCUUACUCUCCUGCUCUCCUUGAGAUUUAUCAAUCUUGUGUUUGAUGAGGUCAGAAACGUUGCUCUUGGUAUUGUAUCUCGUAGGAUCAAUUGGCAGCAGUUGACAAUUUUGGAGACAAUAGAUGUAUUUUUCACAUAUAUUCGUCGGAUAUUCAGAAAUAUUUUUGUUCACGCGGAGCAAAUAUCUCAGGCAAUGAUUGUUAGAGGUUUUCGAGGAGACAGCACCACUCACAAAAUAUUCUUAUCAGCAGACUCAUCUAAUGGAGUUGCUAAUUAUAUUUCCAUAUCAUGCCUCUUUGGUCUAAUAGCCGUAGUCACUUUGCCCAAGUUCCUUUUACAAUGAAACACGAUAUGCUAAUCAUCUGAUAAAAGAUUCAUCCUCUUGACCUUUUAACCUUCAGCAAUAUUAACCUCCUAAAAAGCAAAUGUUUUCCUUGUCUGCACCUUAUAGUCAAACUUCUCUCUCCUCUCCUUCCUCCACAUUUUCACUCCUUCUCUAGAAGAAAGUCGGAUUCUUUUUUUAGCAGAUGUCCAUGAAGAAGAAAACUGGUCCACUCAGUUUUCUUUAAUAAUUGAAAGCGGCGAACCAAUAAAUCUCCUAAUCUCAAAAGUGAUGGCUGGUUGCUUUCUACCCUUUAUCUAUGAUGAGCAUUGAGGUUGUUAGUUCCAUGGCAGCUGCAUGAGAUCGCGAUGGAAGUGUUUGGACCUGGUUGCCUAUUACAUAAAGUUUGAUCGAUACAUACAUUUUCUGGAUGAACAAGUUACUGCUCCUUGAAACUCAAUGUGACGUUCCGGAUUCUAUCAGGAGAUGGGACUUUAAACAUGUUCCAUUCAAGAGAAGCUAACUGGUGAUUACAAACUUACACAAAGAAAAGUCCUUUUGCAGAAGAAAAUCAUCAAAUCAUCAGGUCCUUGUGAAAUCAGUGGUCAGAGCAGCCGUCGUUGUAGAAUUAUGAGCUUUUGCCUACAACGGUUAGAAAUUGAUAUGGAAAAGUCUAGGGGAGACGGGAUCUUUGAAGCGCUACUGUCAUAAGCUGCAAACAUGAUUCAGUUGGCCCAUUUAAAGGCACCAUUGAAGUGUUGUCUGUAUAAAGUAUAAUCUAUACUAGAACUGUAGGGAAUUUUUGGUACCUGAAGAAAGAAAGAGAACCAGAGUGGACAAUGAUAAAUGUUUUGCUUCCUUUGCCUCAUGAAUAACAGAAAUAUCUGAUUUUUAUUGAA